CGACGAGGCUUCUUUGGCCACCGACAACGACCCACACCCUGUAUCAGGCUGACGAUCUGUCGCAGGAACAUUCACACUUUGGGCGCGGUCAGAAGCACCGCACCCUGAGUGCUGACACUUUUAGCUAGGUCUGCUUUCUCGAGGCAGAAUCAUGCCCGACAGGCAACCGUUGCCUCUGCAGCCAUCCACCAUCUCUGAUAGGAGCGCUGCUCCCAAUACAGGCUUGAGAAACGGUCCCGAGCAUCUCCAUCUUCGAGGCGCCCAAACAUCGGUAUCAUCUCCAUCCUCAUCAUGUCCCGACCUGCCAGACUCACACCUCCGCCAGCUGCCCCGUCUUCCCCCCGAACUCCUACUGCAAGUCCUCUCUUACUACACCCAUGCAGCUCACUCCCGCGAUCCCACCACCGUUCGAACACUGCAGGCACUGUCUUGCACUUGCAAGCUGCUACACUUCCAAGCUCUCAAGGUCAGAUACGAGGUGCUCCUGCUGCACAGGCACGUAAGGGAUUUUAGAACCUGGUUCAGAAAGCUGAACGAAGGCAGACCGCCCUUUGUUUGCGCGGGCAUCUCCAGAGCUAUCUUCUCAGGACUGGACGAUGUAUCCCGCUUGACCCACGCGUCCACAGGCUGGGAGACGGAGCUGCUCCGCCUGUUGCAUUACUGUGGUCAGACAAUCACUCAUCUCUCUCUAUGGCAUGCUGAAUCAAGGACAGUACUUCGAGAUGCCUCUCAGGUGCCUAGAAAGAGGCCUAGGCUGCCCGACGGGAGGAGAAGCGCAAUCCCGCGCAUGCAGCCAGGGUGGGCCUGGGGCGAAGGCAUCGACUUCACCUCUGAAGAGAGCUCCUCGUCCGAGUCAUCUAGACCCGGAAGUGACUCUGAAAACGAACAUCAAACCAGCGAAGAUGGCCGAAGUGAUAUCUCACGCCCAAGACUAGCCACAAUGAAAGGAGAAGGAGAGCUCGAUGAGGUGCAAAAGGCGAAAGCUAGAGCGGAGGCGUCGGCUGCUCGAGAAAGAGCAAAGGCUAUUCCUCCUCGUUGGUUGUCGUCCGAGCUCUCUUCCGACCCUCUAGCUGCCCAUCGACAUCGUGCUCAUCUUCCGAACGAGCCGCUAGAGACUGCAGAAACUUCCAUCUUGCCACUACGCCCGGCCGCGAGCACCAGCAACAGCACGUCCAACGACUCCGGUGGCCCGGACCCGGGCAGGCGAAAAGGCGCGCGAAGAGAUAGCGCACCAGAUGUCGGUGGAGGAGCGACUUCGGAAGACAAUAGAAAGCUCUUCGGCUGUUCGCCGCUUCACGUCAGUAUUUGCGUUGGGAGCGCUUUGAUCGAGGAUAGGCUCUGGCCAAGAUUGAGACUUCUGAGGCGGUGUAGGGAGAUAGACAUAUUCGUACCCGUGACUACCUAUGUCCCGCGCGUACUGACUCUGAUAUCGACACUUGAAAAGUCGCCUCUGCAGAGGAUCCGGAUCUCUGGUCCCCACGCGAGUCUCAUUCUCGCCUUGGCCCCAUUUUCACUGCGAGGGGCACUGAAAUCUUCAACCUUUGACUCGUCUCAAGACCAAGGCGAUUCAAGCUCAAGAGGCAAAGGCAGCUGCAGAAAGCCGAAGAGACAAGGCAAAGAGUGCUCUUUGAAUUUGUCUAGAGGUAUCAAGUAUUUGCUCUCCUGUCCCACCCUGCGGCAAGCGCUGCAAGAAGAGUUCACAGGGAAUCAUCAAGAGAGACCCUCUAAGGAAGCGCUUGAGGCGGAAUUGUCUCGUGCAGUCUUAGCCGGACAUGAGGUGUCACAAGCGGCGAGUGCAGAGGGACAAAUGAGAGAGAAUGGCAGCGAGAGGAAAGGAACAUCAUCUUUCGCGAGCGGCCCUCGGAGCGCUCCGACUUGUUGCGAGAUACAUCGAUCGGGAACGUACACAUUUAUGCGGUCGUUCGAACCGUCUCGCCCACCCCCUUUCAGCUCUGCAGCACCCUCAAGCUCCGGCUCAGGUCGAUCAUCAAUACCAAAACCUGUUCCCGAGCGAUCUCACGACACCAUCAAUCCCUCCUUUGUCGAUCCCGAACAGAAUGUCCGGGAGUCGGAGAAGCUGAGGAUAAAGAUUCUGCAGCGCAAUCAGUCCGUGUGGGGGAAACUUGCAGUCAGGAGGGAAAUCUUCUUGGACAGCGUCAAUGGGGGCAUGCAGGCUUGGAGUAGGUGCGGAGUGUGGGACGGCUGAAGCUGAAGUGCAAGCGUGCUUCGGUGUUCCUGCUAGACCUUGCUGUAUCAUAUAAAUGCGCAUCAACGCUUCAGUAAACAGGUUGAUGAGCGUCUUCCUGUUGGCCGACGAGCGCUUUUUGAAGGGGCUGUUCGCGGCACUCGGACUCCAUUGUCUUGUCCAAGAGAUACCUCAACGGAAUUAUAUCCGUGACUGAAUGAUCUGGACGCUGAUUUCAGGAGCGCCUCUUAUGACUUCGGAUACUCACACUGCAGAUGCGCCUUGUCAAUGAAACACCAUCGACC